AUGCAAUCACAGAAAACUACACCCACCGGGUGGUCAGAACAGGAGGUUGCUGAAGGUGGUGGGCGGGGACACUGGCUGUGCCACACCGCCCGACACCAGAGGUGGCCAGGCUGCAGCAGAGGCGGGGGUGCUGGUGCCCGCGUCACUGGCCCUGCGCCAGUCGUAGGUGGGGUUGGCCCAGGUCCUGGAGGGCAUGCCCUCCAGCAGGCCGCUAUACAUGAGGCACCGCCCCGGCUUGCCCUCGCGCGGCUCCUGAGGUUCAGACAUCCCCCCAGGGCAUGUCUCAUUGGAUUCUGCUUCUGGUGA